AUGUACCAAUAAAUUAUACAAACUUAUAGGUGUUCUAUAUUUAACUUUCCCGGGUUCGGUGACUGCGGGAAAAACGUGGAAGAAAAUUCACAUGUGUUUCUUGGGUCUCCAGCACACGUAUCUGCGGCUCAGGCUCCGCCCGUGCAGGAGCCGCGUGGCAUCCCGCCCACCGACAUUAUAAUUCCUCGGCGCCGGCAAACGUUCAUCAUAUUUUUUCGCGAACGACAGAACCUAGUCUUAUAUUGAGACUGGGUGCUAAUUGGCGCUCUUGGUUUGCGCAUAUUACAUAUAUAUGACCGUUUUCUUCUAAGAUACAUUGCUAUAUUUCUAAGUACAACGUAAUAAUAGAAGACCCGGUCUUCUUUUCCAGCAAAACUAAUUAAUCUAUAACCAGUCGAUGACUUCACUGGAUCAGGGCACAUCCAUGUCGAACGAGAAGAAUUUCCCAGUGGCUCACGGGAAGGGACGGGCACGGCGGCGGCUUUUCGGGCCUGUAGACCAUGAACUGCUCCAAGUGGAGUACCAGAACGCCCUGAAUAGGGAACUGGAGGAUGCUAGAUACCGCUGGGGUUUUGACUUCCUUACUGAGACUCCUUUGGAGGGGAGUGACUUCAUCUGGGAGGGGGUCUCAGGGUCAAAGCUUCCCUUACUGUACCGCCCAUCCAAGAUUCCCCAAGAAACUGGCUUGAACAGCAAGAAAAACAUACCUCGCACUCCAGAGAGGUACAUCUCCCUGACCCUGGCCCUGGAACAGACACCCGAGAAGAACCAGGCUGGCAAGACGAAGAGGAAGCAGAGCAGCAUUACAGAUUUCUACAAGUCUAAGCGCCGUAUGGUGGCCACGCCCAGGAAGUCAGGGCAGUGAGCAGAGCGGGAUGUUUCUGGAGAAGCAGCGCUUCCUGCCUCAGCGACAACCAUGCCAGGGUCCAUACUAACACAAUCAGGAAGCUAACUGAAUUAUUCAAGUACACACCAAUUGUAAAGACCUCUUUAUAUUUGCUUAAAGUAUAAAUGGAUCUCUCCAUCAAGGACAAACAUCUGUCUUUGGCAACUUGAGCUUUCUAAAUUGGGGUUUAAAUAGGAUACAUGGUGUUUCAGGUUCAUGGCAGUGUCAUAAUUCAGACCUUAAACGCUGUCCGUAUAGCACUGAUGGUACUAUAGGUCCAAUUUCCUAAAGCCUGCAAGACAAACUCUAAUAUGCAGUUACAGUUGUGGUAUACUUGUAUCUCUGUCAUUCUACUGAAACAGUGACCGACUCAAUCAGUCCUUUUUUGAUGGAUCAUUUUGUUAUUGCUGCUUGAAUUAUAACUAUUUAUUUAACUGAAUUUCCAUAAAAAACAGUUAAAGAUUCAGUGACCACAAAGGUAUAUACAGAACUUCCACUGAAUUUUACAGUGGCAUGUAGGUACUACAGAAAUGUCAUUUUCCUGCAGAUGCUGCUGAAAACUGAAUAGCAAUUUCAGCCUUUGACAUCUCUUCCCAGCUUUAGCAGAGGGUGUCCUGGCACCUCUUCUCUGGGUCUGCCUUGCCAAAAAGGACCUCCGUUCAUUACUAAGUCGGACUGACCAGGCUUUUUGUUGUCUCAGUACAGAUAGGGUAUAUUCCUGGAGUAGCACUUAGCCUUUCGGUCUGUCUGAGCUGUAGCUGUAUAUCAGUUCUACAUACAGUAUAUGCAAUUCUAGAAAGAAGGCAAGUUCAGUUUUUCGUCGAAAGUGCUUUAGCCCCUCCAAAGGCUCUGUCCCUGUUUCUGACCACUGAUGAUCAACCUUCAGGGUGGGUUAAACUGAAUGUAGCUACAUUGAAGCCCAUAUUGUCAGCAUUACACUUUGUGAUGACUAUUUGUCAAACUAUAUAUAUAUAUCAUGGUUUAUCUGUAAUCCACGUUAUUCCUUUAUCGUUUAUUUGAAGGAUUCCACAAUUAACGUAAUAUGCAUUGUUUAUGUUUUGUUUAAUCAUUAUUUAUUCCUAUUGCGCCAUGGGCGUCGCCACCAUUAAAUUUGAGGGACAAAUUUCAUAAUGUCAUAAUCACAUUUCACAAUUAUGCGUUUGGACCCCCCCUCAUUUAACAUAAACUAUUAGUUUUAUGUCAGUGUCCCCCCCACCCACAUUCAAAAUGCUUCUGAUGCCCCUGUAUUGUGCCAAUAUAAUUUUCCCUCUGGUCAUUGAGAAGGAUUCUCAGUAUCUGCCCUGAUUAAUGGAGUUGUAGACAUCUGACAUACCGCUAGAUGGGAGCGAUGCCACCUGCUGUCUUAGGAAGUGCAGAGGAUCAUAUCAGAGGAAGUUGGUAAUGCAAUUUCCCCGUAAAAAAGUAACUCCGUUUUGCACUUAUAGCUUGCUAUGUAAAUACAAUUAUUUUGCACAUAAAACUUGCUCAUGUCAAAAUCAUGAAAUGUAUUAUUUAUUAAGCACUGUUUGUGCAAAUUGCAAUUAAAAUAUUUCUAUUGUCUCAAA